AUGUCAGAGGUCCUGACUGUGGAUGCCAUUCUGUUUGGGCUGUUGGUGUUCUCGGGGAUUCUGGGAAAUGUGCUGGUCAUCCAUGUGGUGUUUCAGACGGCCCAGGAAAGCGCCUCCCGUCACCUACCCCCAUCCGACGCGAUCCUGGUCAACCUGUGCCUUGCCAACCUGCUGACCUCACUCUUCCGCACGGUGCCCAUCUUCGUCUCGGACCUGGGCCUGCAGGUGACGCUGGCGCCGGGCUGGUGCCGGCUCUUCAUGCUGCUGUGGGUGUGGUGGCGGGCAGUCGGGUGCUGGGUCACGCUGGCCCUCAGCGCCUUCCACUGCAUCACCCUGAAGAGGCAGCGGGUGGCGAUAGGCCCCCUGGCCCAGCAGCGGGAGCGGCAGCGCGUCUGGGUGAUGCUGGGACUCGUGUGGGGGGCCAACCUGGCCUUCUCCCUGCCGGCGCUGGUCUACACCACGCACGUGCACGGCAACGCCACCGUGGAGCUCAUGGUGAUCAGCUGCACCACCCGGCCCCUGCUGGGCUGCGUGUGGGAGUUCCCCACCGAGGAGCAGGGCGCCGCCUUCGCCUCCGCCUCCCUCGCCCUCAACGAGGUGGCCCCUCUGGUGCUCAUGGUGGGGACCAACCUGGUCACCCUCCACGCGCUGGCCAAGCACAUCCGCUCCGUGACAUCCAGCAGCGAGGGGGGCGGGGCACACACCGAGCUGGACCGGCACGUGGCCAGCGAGCGCAAGGCCGGACACGUCAUCAUGUCGCUGGUGACUCUCUUCGUGGUCUGCUGGGCGCUGCAGGUGGCGGCGGUGACCUACUACAACCACGACCGCGGGGAACACGCGGAGGCUCUGCUGACCGUGGCGCACUUCUCCGCCUCGCUGUUCGUGGGAUUCAGCCCCCUGGUGGUGGCGUUAGGACAUGGAAAACUGAGGAGGAAAAUUCACGCCAUGAUCCUGAGGGGGAUUGGCACAAAGAAGCACCAGGGAGCAAGUUCAGAGAAGAAAGUGUCAGGGACCGAGAAUAAGUCACAGUUAGGUGGAAAAACAGAUGUAAUUAAGAAGGAGACAGCGGCUGUGAAGGGAACGGACAAGAUAAUAAGAGUUGGGGAGAAGGGAGCAGCAAUCAGUAAUGGCUAA